AUGUCGCGUACUCAACAAAAAUUGCAAGCUAUGUCAGCUCAAGAAUUAUUAAUACAAGAAAAGAAACGUUUAAUCGAAGAAAAAAUGCGUCUUGAUAAUGCAAAAAAAAGUCGGCAUGAACCUACCAAUCCACCUAAUGUAAAUAAUAAUUUCGAAAAGCCACAAACAGUAGGAAAUAAUAUGUUUAAAAAUGAUGGUUCAUUUCUUGAACAAUUUCAAAAAUCUCAAGGACAAUCAUCUGUAACAAGUCAAAAUACUGAUAUACGACAAUCAUCAUCGUAUGGAAAUGAAUAUCCAUCAAUGAAUUCAUCUCAACAAUUUGCACCACCUUGGUUUCCGCCAAAUCCUCAAUCUUCUUCUAUAUUUGAUCAAAAUGGUCCGCUACCAUUUCCGAUGCCACCACCACCAUUCAAUCCAUCUCAAUUACCACCACCACCUUUUCCUCCUCCAUUUAAUACACAAUCACCUUUUUUUCCACCUCCUCCAUCGUCAGUUACUAAUAAUUCUUCUAAUUUUGUUCCUCCACCAUUUCUUCCACCAUCAUUUCCAUUACCACCACCUGAACUUCUUUCAAAAAUGUUUCAAGGACCUCCACCACCUUUACCAAUUCCUACACCUGUAAAUAAUUCAUCAACAACAACUGUUAAUAAUAAUAUUAAGAAUGAAGAUCUUUAUGAUCCUUUGAAAGUUGAAGAUGAAGAUGAGGAAGAAACUGAACAAAAAAAGAAACCAAUUCAAAAACAAACUAGUAGAACAUUUAAUAUAAAAAAAGAAUAUACAAUCAAAAUCGAACCAAAUCAAGUAGCAUCAACAAAUACAAAUCGUAAGUGGAAUGAUGACGAAGACGACGAUGGAGUUGACCGAAAACAAGAUUCAAUGAAUAAACAAACGAUCAAUGAUCAAAAUACGGAAGAGAAUAAUCGUAAACGUAAAUCACGUUGGAGUGCAUCAGCAAUUAAACAAGAAGCUGACGAACAUAAGUUUGUUCAACAAAUUCAUGAAGCAACGGAGAAAGCAAAAACAUUUGUUGCACAACUUAAUGAACAAAUGAAAUUAUAUCCUGAAGGAUAUGAUGCAACUAAAAUGAAAGAUACUCAAUAUAAUGAACAAAAAGAACUUCAAUCAAUUUAUCAGACUAUGAUGGUUAAACGACGAGAAUUAGAAAAACUUGCAAGACAACAACAUAAUAAACGUGAAUAUGAUUCUGAUGAAGAAACUGAUUAUGAAACUGGAACAUGGGAACAUCGUUUACGUGCAGCUGAAAUGGAUAUAACACGCGAAUGGGCAGUUAAAUUAACAGAAAUGGCUGAUGGUAAACAUCAUAUUGGAGAUUUUAUUCCAGCACAUGAAUUAGAAAAGUUCAUGAAAACUUAUUCUGCAUUGAAAGACGGUCAUACACCUGACGUGUCAGAUUAUUGUGAAUUUAAAAUUCAAGCUGAAAAUAUUGGUUAUCGACUUUUAGAAAAAUUUGGAUGGAAAGAAGGACAAGGUUUAGGAAAAAAUGCUCAGGGAAUGAUUAAUCCUGUUAAUAAAGGAGCAACACCUGUACAUCAUGGUGGACUAGGAAUAGAUCGUCCAUCAGAAUUAGAUCGUAAUGAUGAUGAAUUUAAAAUGUAUCGAAAACGUAUGAUGCUUGCCUAUCGAUUUCGACCAAAUCCAUUAAACAAUCCACGUCGUGAUUAUUAUUAA